CAAAUCGGACCCUGAAGACAACUGAACGUUUUUUAGGCUGCAAAUAGUUUUGCUUCUAUGCAGGAAGAUGGUCAGUGUGGUGGAUAGAGUGGUAUUUGUUUUCUUCAUCACAGCACAGGUUUUUACACUAGUGUGGUGCCAGGUGUGUCCACGGAGAUGCCAGUGCCCUAAAGAGCCUCCCAUGUGUCCCCCUGGGGUGCCUCUGGUUCUGGAUGAUUGCAUCUGCUGCCUGGUGUGCGCCCGUCAAAAAGGGCAGGUGUGCUCUGACAUGAACCCCUGUGACACACGUAAAGGGCUCCAAUGUGACUACUCAGCUGACAUCCACAAGAGGACUGGUAUUUGUACAGCUCCCAAGGUAGCUGUGUGUGUUAUAGACGGCUCUGUCUACCAGAACGGUCAGACCUUUUUCCCCAGCUGUAAGUACCAGUGUAUAUGCCGCGACGGGCAGGUGGCAUGUGUGUCACGCUGCAACGUGGAUGUUAUGCUGCCUGGACCAGACUGCCCCAUGCCACGCAGGAUCCAGGUGCCCGGAGAGUGCUGCGAGAAGUGGGUGUGUGAGCCCCAGGCUGGGGCCAGUGCACUGGGCGGCUUUGCCAUGGCAGCCUACCGUCAGGAUGAAACCGUGAGUUUUGACGGCUGGGACCGUAGCCUGAACUGCAUUGAGCAGACUACAGAGUGGGGAGCGUGCUCUCAAACGUGCGGCAUGGGGGUGUCCACCAGGGUCACAAAUAAGAACAGCCGGUGUGAGAUGGUGAAGCAGAGUCGGCUGUGUAUGAUUAGACCCUGCGAUGAGCAGCAGGUCCAGCUGACACAGCUUGCACAAAAGAGAGGCAGUAGGUGCCAGAAGAUGGUGAGGAGCAGCAAAGCCAUUCACCUCUCCUAUAAGAACUGCACCAGCAUCCAAGCCUACAAACCUCGCUUCUGUGGCUCCUGCACAGACGGACGCUGCUGCACCCCUCACAGAACCAAAACCACGCUGGUGGAGUUCCAGUGUGCUAAUGGGAAAACUACACGGAGGCCUGUCAUGGUGAUCGUGACGUGUGCCUGCCACCGCCACUGCCCUCGAGACAAUGCUGCGUGGCCGCCCUCAGAGCUGGGUUACACUGGCAUGAGAAUGUAGAUCAGGGAGCACCCAAAGUUUAUUAGUGAGAUCACAAUUAUCACAAGUCAAACACCAGAGUGGGGCUGAUGGCUCUGUUCUAAAACCAUCUAUGUCUUUAGUAUGAAUGAAGAACUUAUUUUAAACAAUUCCCAUUAUACACAGUAUAUUCUAUAGAGCUAUAAUUUGGGACAUAUACACAUCUGAC